CUCAUUUCUUGGUUUAAAUGAAAGUAUUGACUACUUUUAUUGCCAUAACAGUAGCAUUUACUACAGUUUCUAAUGCAAUCACCUUCAAAGUUCCUAUCAAAAAAAUAAAGGAGUCUCCAAAUGAACAAUACGCGCGAUUUAUUAGUUCUAACAGUGUCGCGCUUCAAAAGUAUGUUGAGACAGAACGAUACCAGGAUACUAAAAGUAAAAUCUUUGACCCUGCGGCUGAUGGCACGGUUGAACACGGUGUACCUCUUUCAAAUUAUUUAAACGCUCAAUAUUAUGGUGAGAUCGGCAUCGGUACUCCUGCUCAAACCUUUACAGUCAUAUUCGAUACGGGAUCUUCUAAUCUCUGGGUACCAUCCACUCACUGCUUAGCUUUGGCUUGUCUCAUGCACCGUCGCUAUUCCUCAUCAAAAUCAUCUUCAUACCAGAAAAAUGGCACAGAAUUUGCAAUCAGAUAUGGUACUGGAUCAUUAGAAGGCUUCACCAGUCAGGAUAUCCUUCAUGUUGGAGAAAUCGAUAUCGAAGAUCAAGGAUUUGCAGAAUCUACAAAUGAGCCAGGGCUGACCUUUGCCCUAGCGCAUUUUGACGGCAUCUUUGGACUUGGUUACGACACCAUCUCUGUGAAGAAAACAAUUCCACCUUUUUACAACAUGGUUAAACGAGGGCUGAUCGAUGAGCCAGUAUUUUCAUUUUGGUUGAAUGACGUAGAGCAAGGAGGUGAAUCAAAUGGAGGAGAGCUCGUGUUUGGUGGAAUAGACGAAAACCGAUAUACAGGAGAUAUCACCUGGUCACCCGUGACAAGAAAGGGUUAUUGGGAAAUAGAGCUUCAAAACAUAAAAUUCAACGAUCAAUACCUCAAUACAUUUUCCAUGGGUGCAGCUAUUGAUACCGGCACUUCUCUUCUAGUUGCUCCCAGAUAUGUGGCAGAGACCAUUAACUCUCAACUCGGUGGCAAACUCGAUGGUUAUGGACAAUAUACUGUCGACUGUUCUACCAUUUCCAGUCUUCCAGAGUUCUGCUUUGUGUUUUCAGAAAAGGAAUUUUGUUUGCAAGGCACAGACUAUAUCCUACAGCUUGACGAGGAAUGCAUCUCUGGCUUUGUGGGUAUGGACAUUCCUCCACCUGCAGGGCCCCUUUGGAUAGUGGGUGACGUAUUCCUUCGCAAGUUUUAUAGUAUUUAUGAUUUAGGAAACCACAGAGUCGGACUGGCACAAGCAAAGUAAUAUUUUAAUUUAUUUCAGGUAGACUAAUAAAGCUUCCAUUAUCAUCUCUGAAUAGUCAUUUUUUAUUUGAG